GGGCGAGGCAGGGACCCCUGAAAGCACUUUCCUGUGAUUGGCAGCUGCAUUUGCAGUGUGUUUUCCCCCCCUCCUUUUCAAAGAAGCCCCAAAUGAAGUUAUUUCUAUGAAAGCGGUUAGGAAACGGCCGUCCUGGCUCGCCCUGGCUUUGGGAUACACACCCUGGCCGUCUUCGCUUAACGGUUCAGCAGCUGACCUUCGUGCCUGCCUUUGCCCCCUGCACCCUAACCCACUUUCUCAAUCUUUUAAAGAGGGCGGAUGUCUAAGAGCUGAAGUCCACCUAUGAAGUUGGCAUGGUUGAGGAAACACUGCGGUAAAUCUCUCCGUGAGCAGCUCACAGUCCUCUGACUUGACAAAUGGCUUGCUUUAGCCUUUCCCAGGCAAGCUAAGGCUUGAACCCGGGGAUCUUCUGCAGAGAGAGAAUGGAUUUUGCCACCGUGAUCGUUCAUGAUCGAAGCGCAAGGUGCAGGAGCUAUGACCGCACCUAAAAACCGUAGUUUGGGGUUGGAGGAGGAAUCUCAUCCCAGAAUGACAUCAUUAUACCUGAAGAAAUUACUGGAUCUGGCUAGAAGGAAAGAAAUGAAUUCCAUAACUCGGUAUAUUACCAGCUUUAGGAUGCAGCCAGAGAAAAACACAGCAACAGCUCAAAUUUGUCUGAAAAUAGUACAUGAUAAGAAAGGCUCUAGCAAUCGAGCAUUCUGCACAAAAGUCAUUGAAGAGAAAAGAAAAAAGAAAAAUGCCACAGAAACAUUUGAAAGUGUUGGGAGGAGAAUCCCAUACAACAAGGUACAACUAAUUGAUGAAAAUGGUGAAGACAUGGGAGAAAUGCAUAGGGCAAAUGUGCUUCGUAUUAUGGAUGAAAGAGGGAUGACUCUUGUCCUGCUGUCUGAAAAAACAGAUCCACCCAAGUAUGGACUAAUGACAGGAAAACAAAUUUAUGAAGAGCGUCUCAAAAUUAGAGAUGAGAAAGCCAGCCCCAAAGCAGGGCCGGUUCAACAAAAGAUUAUUAAAAUGUCCACAGUUACAGAGCAACACGAUUUCAGUACAAAAGUAAAACAAAUUCAGGAAUGGAUUGACAAGAAAUACCAUGUGAAAAUUAUGCUGCAUCAAAAAACUAUUUCGGAUGGACCAGAAAAGAUGCCCUCCUUUGGACAUUUAAAAACUUCUCUGUCAACAGCAUGAGUUUUCAUAUGGCAUUUCAGAUAAUCUUUGCGAGUCAAUGUUUUGGAACACACUUCACAGGUAAUUGGUUCUAGUGGAAAAGGAAAAACAACAGGCAGAAGCAGAGCUUCUAUUAACAAUUCCUAAGCAUAAUUCUUCAAAUAUCUUCUCAAAGAACAAUAUUACUAUCAUUAUAUUACCUUGACCACCAUAUUAAAAAAAUUGUUGUGCAGCAUUUCAGGUUCAGAUAGGAAAGAUAUUUUGAAGUAUGAAGAUACUCUUUAAGCAACUUUUUUUUUUUACCUGGAUUGCAUAGCUGCAGUGCAAUUUCAGGAGAAGAAAGUUCUAUUUAAGUCAGGCAUGUCCAACCAGCAGCCAAACAAGCUACAUUGGCCCUGGACAGCUGGUAAUGAAGCCCCACAAGAUGGUAAACUUUUAAUAUCAUGUGUACUCAUGUACAUUAACUAUAUUAUAUAUAUUUAUGUGCGGUCUAAGUGGCAAGCCAAAAGGUUGGACAUACCUGGUUUAAGUGGUUAUUUUAUUUGCAUUUAUUAGUUGCCUAAUUCUAAAGAACAAAUAUUACAUAUGCAAAUGACAAUACUUCAAAUUUAAGAGCAAAUCAAAACAUUUAUAGAGCAUCUGAAUCAGACUAUAGCUACAAUGUUUAUAUAUUACUUGAGGAUCAGGAACACUUCUGAAUACCAAUUCAUAGAAACAGAUGACUCUGAUUACAUCACAUGCUUCUUGUGGACUUUUCAAACAUAUCUAGUCAGUCACAGCUGGAAAACGACAGUGGACUCAGUAAACUUUCUGUGUGAUCCUAUGAAUAUUUCUUAAUACUUGCGCAUGUACUAUAUUAUAUCUACAUAUUCAUCCCACUUAAUACGCAUGAGGAGAAUCUAUCUGUGAAUCAAAGGUUGGUGUAUUCAGUUUAUGAAAACGUUUUUUUUAUUCAUGAAGGUGAAAAUAGAGUACAGUUAUUGACUUAGUCAUUCAUUUAGUGACCAUUUGAAAUUACAACAGCACUGAAAAAAGUGACAAGACCAUUUUUCACACUUACAACCCAUGCAGCACCUACAUGGCCAUGUGAUCAAAAUUUGGAUACUUGGCAACUGGCGUGUAUUUAUCAUGGUUGCAGUGUCCCGGGUCAUGUGAUCACCUUUUGCAACCUUCUGACAAGCAAAGUCAAUGAGGAAGCCAGAUUCACUUAAAAACCAUAUUACUAAUUUAACAUCUUCAGGGUUUUUUUAAAAACAUUUUCAGUGAUUCAUUUCACAACUUUGGCAAGAAAGGUUGCAAAAUGAGGCAAAACUCACUUAACUAUCUUGCUUAGCAACAUAAAUUUUGGCCAUAAGUCCAGCUUUACCUGCACCUGAAGAAUUAGUCAAUAGAGCUCUAACAUGAAUUAGCUUCUUUUUAAGUAACAGAGUAACUGCAUAACUUUUAGGAUGUGUUUAUCAAUUAAUGUAUGCUGCCUCAAUUAUCAAAGUAACUCUACAGCAAUUUUAGCAACUCUACAGCAAUUAAAGCAACUUUAAUACUUACCCACG